UUUGGAAUUUAUACGGGAUGAAUUACACAAGGAAAGGUCAAAGGAACUGGAGGAUGAGGUGAAGAUUAUGAUUGGUGAUGAGGGUGUGAGACCAUUGACAUUGCUCCAAUUGAUAGACGACGUAGAACGAUUAGGCUUGGGCUACCGAUUUGACAAAGAUAUAACUGUAGCACUCAAUAGAAUAAUUGCAAUGGACGAGACUAAUGUGGGAGCGGAGAAGAACAUUCAUGUUACUGCUCUCAAAUUCAGGUUCCUCAGACAACACGAUUAUGACAUCUCUCAAGAUAUGUUUCAGAGUUACAAGGAUCACUACGAUGAUUUUGUAGAAGACUAG